AACAUGUCAGAGUGACCAAAGUGGGCGAGAACUAAGCAAAAAUAAACAAACAAUACAGACAGGAAAAUAAGCAGCGCGUGCCUGGCAAGAGAUUUUUCGCCGCAGGACUGAGCACUGGAACCGGGACCACAGACGCACUGCAUCGCGGCCAACGGGGGACACAAUCCGAGUAAGAGCGAGACAUGGCUGCGGCCACCAACAACGAUUCCUCCACCUCCGGCGUGGAGGCCAAGGAGGAGGUGGAGAUGUCGAUGCCGAUGUCGUCGCCCAUGUCGAUGGCCAUGGUCCUGGCCAGAUCGACGCCGAUGGCCAUGCCCUCUGCCAGCGCCUCCAAGGGUAUUAUGAUAACGCCGCCGCCGCCGGCGAUGCCGCCCACGCCCACCUCAUCGCCGAACACGCACGGCGAGUGGCCCCACAUGAACAUCAACCUCAACCUGAACCUUAACCUGAACAUGAGUUCAAACACCAGCACGAAUGCAUCAUUCCAGCUGAGCAGAGACCGGGGCGAGCACUUCGCCCUGCCGCAUCUGCCGCCCCUGCCGCUGAAUCCCAAUGCCCCCAAUGCCGAGUAUCUGCCCAGCCUGAUCCAUCCGAGCACUCUGCCCUCGGGCAGCAAGAGCUUCAAGAUGCGCCCACGGAUGCAGCGGCUGAAGCACUCCUACAGCUACAGCAACAUAAUCGUCCAGUCGAAUGGCCGCAAACUGCGCACAGCCGCCUCCACCUGCAACAUCGAGCUGCUCAACCGCAUCCUGGAGGGUGGGGCCAAUCCGAAUGCCGCCGACGAGUACAAUCGCAGUCCCCUGCAUCUGGCCGCCUGCCGUGGCUACAUACCCAUUGUCCAGCAGCUUCUGAAGUACGGAGCCAAUCCGAAUGUGGUCGACUCGCUGGGGAAUACACCGCUCCAUUUGGCUGUGAUCUCGGCCAGCUCCAACAAUUUCAACAUUGUGGUGGGUGUGUUGCUGCAGGGCGGAGCCAGUGUUCAUAUGUACGACCGCAGCAACAAAUCACCGCUGGAGUUGGCCGAGGCCAAGCUAAGAUUGCUGCGCAAUCGCUACGAUCAUCCCACGCCGGAGACGGCCAAGAUCCUGGAGGACAUGUGCAUGCUGACCACGCUGAUCUUGCGCUACAUGGUGAAGCAGCAGCGCGAGCUGGAGGACCUCUCUGCGCUGGAGAAGCGCCUGCAGAACCUGAGCACCAGCGACGACCAGGAGCAGGUCGUGUCCCAGACCGCAGACGAGCUGCUUGCCAGCGUCGAGCGGCUGUCCAUCAACAACAAGUAGAUGGAACGGACGCUGGACGCCAAGGGAACCACCCAUCCGCAGGCGGGUCCAAAUUGCGUUCGAUGAGUUGAGAAAAAUUUGUUUAUCGUUUCCUAAUUUGGCUGCCGUUGAGCUGGAGUUGGCAUCGCGACAAGCAGCUGGGGGAGGAAGAGGUCCUGAUUGCGAUCCUGAUCUCAUCAAGCUGCCAAAGGCGACCAACGCUCUCAAACACACACAAGCACACACACCCACACAAACAAAAGAAAACACACAUUGUUUCAUGCGAUCUUUUAUUAAGUAUUUCAUUUAAGGUUCAUUGUGUACGCAAUCAACAAACAUGAUUAAAUUUUAAGCUUUACGUUUAGCGCGCCAAAAAAAAAUCAAGUUAUGUAAUAAUGAUGCAAUCGCAACUCAAGAGGACACCUAACAAUUUGCUACAUUACAUUUAAACUAAAUGACUACAUUACAUGGAAAUCGUUAAGUGUCUAUUGUAUACUACAACAAAAAACCAUAAGCGUGUAAACACUCUCUGAACAAUAAACGAAAAACCAAACGGCCAUUUGACUUAA